AUGGGUCCGAAAAAGUAUCGUCGGUCCCGUUCUGGCUCUCGUAGUCGGAACCGAAACAGGUCCAAAAUAAGUAAAUCACGAUCACCCGAAGAGAAGAGAGGCCGGAGUCGGUCAUUGUGUCGGAACAAAAAUCCCCGGAGAAUUGCGCGUUCUGAGAGCGGAAGCUCGGACAUCAGUGGUGGAUCUGCGAGGCGACAUUGCCCCCCUAGCAGAGACCACCCCGGGUCGAGAAGCGACUCAGACAGCGACAGGAGACGUAAACUGAAGGGCAAAUCAAAAGACCGAUCCAGGUAAACAUGACAGGUUAAGCUAUAUUAAAUAAAUAUGUGCAGUGUAUGUACACCACAUGGCCAAAAAUAUGUGGACACUUCUUCAAAUGAGUGGAUUCGGCUAUUUCAGCCACACUUGUUGCUGACAGGCGUAUAAAAUCGAACACACCGCCAUACAAUCUCCAUAGACAAACACUUUCUGUAGGAAGAUUGUGUAUCUCUGUUGAAAAUAUGUUGUGGCAGUAUCAGUCAGAAAGCCUCGGGAAUUGGGAAAGAAAAUGGCUGCUACUUUUGUUUUUACUUAUUUUGUGUGUGUUGGUGGAGGGUGCUAUCAUGAAUCUCCAAGCAGAGAUGUGUUUGCGUGUGUGUAUCAGCAAUAUUGGAUGUUGCAUUUAUUCUAAUUUGUCUUAAUUUAACUUUAACUCUCAGGAUAUUUAAGAAUGAGAAAAAAAAGGACAAUUUUAAGAUAACAAAGUGGUCUCUUUCCUGGUGGGCUUCAGAGUAUGUGGACACCCCUUCAAAUGAGUGGAUUCGGCUAUUUCAGCCACACCCGUUGCUGACAGGUGUAUAAAAUCGAGCACAAAGCCAUGCAAUCUCCACAGACAAACAAUGGCAGUAGAAUGGCCUUACUGCAGACCUCAGUUACUUUAAAUGUGGUACCGUCAUAGGAUGCCACCUUUCCAACAAGUCAGUUAGUCAAAUUUCUGCUCUGCUAGAGCUGCCACAGUCAACUGUAAGUGCUGUUAUUGUGAAGUGGAAACGUAUAGGAGUAACAAUGGCUCAGCCGCGAAGUGGUAGGUCACACAAACACACAGAACGGGACUGCUUUAAGCGCAUAGCCCGUAAAAAUCGUCUGUCCUCGGUUGUAACACUCACUACCGAGUUCCAAACUGCCUCUGGAAGCAACAUCAGCACAAUAACUCUUCGUUGGGAGCUUCAUGAAAUGGGUUUCCAUGGCCGAGCAGCCGCACACAAGCUUAAGGAGUGGUGUAAAGCUCAAUGCCAUUGGACUCUGGAGCAGUGGAAACGCAUUCUCUGGAGUGAUUAAUCACGCUCACCAUCUGGCAGUUCGACGGACGAAUCUGGGUUUGGCGGAUGCCUGAAUACGUAGUGCCAACUGUAAAGUUUGGUGGAGGAGGAAUAAUGAUCUGGGCUGUUUUUCAUGGUUCAGGCUAGGCCCCUUAGUUCCAGUGAAGGGAAAUCUUAACGCUACAGCAUGCAAUGACAUUGUAGACGAUUUUGUGCUUCCAACUUUGUGGCAACAGUUUGGGGAAGGCCCUUUCCUGUUUCAGCAUGACAAUACCCCCGUGCACAAAGCGAGGUCCAUACAGAAAUGGUUUGUCGAGCCAUGACUUCAACCCCAUCGAACACCUUUGGGAUGAAUUGGAACACCGACUGCGAGCCAGGCCUAAUCGCCCAACAUCAGUGCCCGACCUCACUAAUGAUCUUGUGGCUGAAUGGAAGCAAGUCCCCGCAGCAAUGUUCCAACAUCUAGUGGAAAGCCUUCCCAGAAGAGUGGGGGGACCAACUCCAUAUUAAUGCCCAUGAUUUUGGAAUGAGAUGUUAGACGAACAGGUGUCCACAUACUUUCGGUUAUGUAGUUUUCAAAAAUUGGCCACAUCAAAUCAAAGUUUAUUGCUCGCGUACACAGUUUAGCAAAUGUUAUAGCACGUUCAGCGAAAUACUUGUUUUCUAGCUCCUAACAGUCCAGCAAAAUGUCAAACACAAGUACAAUAAAAUAAAAAACAAGAAUCACAUAUCUGCAACUAAACUUUUUUCUAUCCCAUCAGCUCUGAUUCAGAGGAUCCAAAGGAGAGGAAGGAAAGAGAGAGCAGCAGAGGAGAAGACAGAAGGGAGAAGAGGAGCCAGUCACAUUUAGGGUCCAGUGCAGACCGGAAGAGAGCGAGGGAUGGGGGGAGCAUUGACCGGGAGAGGAGAUGGCGGAGGAGUGCAGACAGAGGGAGCAGAAGCCCCAGCAGAGUGAGGGAACGACAGAUCAGGGAGAGAACAAGGGACAGGGAGAGGAUGAAAAGCAGAGACAGAGACCCAAGCCGAGGUGAGGAGAGAAGUCGAGACAGAGAGAGAAGCAUCCGGAGGAGUGAAAACUGCGGGAGGGGAGAGGGAAGCAGAGGGAGGGACAAAGAGAGGAAAAGACGUCGCUCUGGCUCCUCUGACUCGUCUAAGAGCUCUGGGUCGGAGGGCGGGGCCCGUGGAGGCAGCCCGGGGUCUGGAGAGGCCGGACCCUCGGUCAGAGAUGAGAAAAAGAACCAGAGAGAGAUGCUGAAGGCCCUGGAGACCCCAGAGGAGAAGAGGGCCAGACGACUGGCCAAGAAGGAGGCCAAGGAGAGGAAGAAGAGGGAGAAGAUGGGCUGGAGUGAGGAGUACAUGGGCUAUACCAAUGCAGACAACCCCUUUGGAGACAACAACCUGCUGGGCACCUUCAAAUGGCAGAAGGUAAGAGAGGGAGAGGAGAGUGGGCACUUGAGAAAUGGGUGUAUGUGGGACAACCAACCCCCUGCUUUUAGAAGUGUAGUGGUUACAUCUGACCAGGCUCUGAAUAAUCUGUGUGUUGUUGUGAUCAGGCUCUAGACCGGAAGGGCAUUGGCCAUCUGGGUGAGAAGGACCUGAAGGACAGAAACAAACGCAUCCAGGAGGAGAAUCGAAGAGAACUGCAGAAGGUAUGCUUCUAUGCAACACGAGCUGUGUGUGUGUUUGGUAGACUCAGGAAUGUAUGUGCUUAUGGAGAAUGCAAUGCAAGAGCAGGAACUGUGUUUGUAUAAGUGUGUCUGUCUGUGUGUAGGUGAAGCAGCUGCGACUGGAGAGGGAGAGAGAGAAGGCCAUGAGAGAGACAGAGCUAGAGAUGCUGCAGAGAGAGAAGGAGGCAGAGCAUUUCAAAACCUGGGCAGAGCAAGAGGAUAACUUCCACCUGCACCAGGCCAAGCUACGGUGAGUGGUGACCCCUUCAUUACUGUCCCCCUGUAACCCUAACCCUCAACAACCUCACAUAGUUCCAUAUACUCACUUAAAAACAGCCUGGUACAUGAACAACAUCUCACUGCUCCGGUGUUUGCUGAUGUGGAUUUGUGUGCAGACCUCUAACUAAUAGAUGUUUGUGUGUUUAGGUCUAAGAUCCGUAUCCGUGACGGCCGUGCUAAGCCCAUAGACCUGUUGGCUAAGUACAUCAGUGCUGAAGAUGAUGACCUGGCUGUGGAGAUGCACGAACCUUACACCUUCCUCAAUGGACUCACUGUCACUGACAUGGACGACCUGCUCGAAGACAUCAAGGUGUGUGUAUGUCAGGGUUUCCGUUAGCCGGUAAAUGCCGGCUUUUGGCAAAAUAAGAAAAGCAGAUAAAUACAAUUGUUACCGGCCUAAUUGUCCAAAUAUUUAAUAAUCCAUUGCAAAAUAAUGCUUUUUAUUCAUUGAUGGCAAUACCAGUCAGUGUGCUCCAACUUCAAAGGCAAAUAUACUUCAUAGGAUAAUAAAUCAUCAAGCUGCUGGGACAUUAGUGUAGGGUGUGUUUCUAUAAUAAAUCAUCAAGCUGCUGGGACAGUGUAGGGUGUGUUUCUAUAAUAAAUCAUCAAGCUGCUGGGACAGUGUAGGGUGUGUUUCUAUAAUAAAUCAUCAAGCUGCUGGGACAGUGUAGGGUGUGUUUCUAUAAUAAAUCAUCAAGCUGCUGGGACAUUAGUGUAGGGUGUGUUUCUAUAAUAAAUCAUCAAGCUGCUGGGACAGUGUAGGGUGUGUUUCUAUAAUAAAUCAUCAAGCUGCUGGGACAGUGUAGGGUGUGUUUCUAUAAUAAAUCAUCAAGCUGCUGGGACAUUAGUGUAGGGUGUGUUUCUAUAAUAAAUCAUCAAGCUGCUGGGACAUUAGUGUAGGGUGUGUUUCUAUAAUAAAUCAUCAAGCUGCUGGGACAGUGUAGGGUGUGUUUCUAUAAUAAAUCAUCAAGCUGCUGGGACAUUAGUGUAGGGUGUGUCUAUUUUGACUCACGUUAAAGACACGAGGUCCUCAUAAAGGACUUCAGGUAAGUGUCCCCGACUGGGCAAACUUUACGAAGAUAGUGUUGAUUAUCCCCGAUUCCAUUGUGCCCGCUGAGAGGGGAUUCUUUCUCCAAAAACAGAGUAAAGAUGGGCUCAAGAUCGCGCCUUCUUGAGGACAAAGUAAUGAGGUUGAUGUGCAUCAAGCUGCUCCAAGGAGUUGGACAGUUUUUACUUCCCAACAGCAGCGGCUCACUUUGAGCAGGCCACGGUCGUCCGCAAACGCAAGAAAAUUAGAGGCUAAUUAUUGUGUUCGUCAGGCCCUGUCCUAGCACUUCUGCUGCCGCCCUAGGCAAGAUCAACAUAUGCUGCCUCUGUGUCAUGUAUAGUAUAAAGAUUUGGAAUGGAUUGAUAGACUAGAGUAGAGUAAUUAUGUGUAUCAUGAACAAUUGGUGCAUUUCAGUUGAGCUUAUUCCGUAGCACUUGGAAACUAAACAUCGUUGCCAACUAUUCACAUCAGAGAGUUACAAUCACUAGGCAGCCAACUGCCUAUAGUAAGAAACAGAGUUCUCAAUAAGCCUCGUAUAAUCACACAUGACACGAGUUACGACCCCACGAUAGUUCAAAUUACAACAAACAUACCAUUUAUUAACAUCAUCCAGUAGAACUGUAAAAAGAGUGAGAUAUAAAUUGAGCUUUGGAAACAAGUGCUUUCAUAAAUGCAUGGCGUGGGCCUCGCUUCACAGCAGCAUUGUAAAAUAAGAUUUCUCUCAAUGAACCAGCCUUAACGAAUUUAGUUCAUUUACAUAUUGAAUUUGAUUGUCCAACAUCAGUUUGAUAAUUUCUUCAUUUUCUGGCCGCCUAGUGGCCUCUUUCCACUGCUGUGGUGCUGAAUGGCAGCGGAAAUGGGGCAGACCGGCCCUGGUGUUCCUCCACCACCUCUCCCCAGUUUUGUUAUUUACUAGGCCUAUUUAAAAUGUUCAUGCCUAGGCUGUUAAAUUAGAGAGGCCUAGAUUGUAUUUGAAAACAGCUGAGUUUUGUUAUUUAUUAAUUAAAAUGUUCAUACAAACAGCCUAUAGGACAGGUCGUUCGCAAAUUAUAUUAUACAAAUAUUAUAUUUUAAAGUUGUUUUAUUACUUUGAAGGCGACUUGUUCUUCUAGGCUAACAUUUUUUAAAAUUAUUAUAUUCAUUUAUGAUUUCCAGCAGGGAUAAAGACGCAACAGGCAAUGUUUUGCUUUUAAAUAAAACCUGUCAUGUUGGUAUAAGAACAUUGUUCUAUUUUAUUACAACUUUACAGGCUAAUUUCUGUUAUUUUAAGAUGAGUUACAAUUACCUAAAUGUGAUUUUCAGCACCGUGGGUGGACGCCCUAAUGCGUUACGCACCCAAAGCAUUAGCAUGUCCGGUAAAUUAAAAUCUUGCCAGUCAUGCUGUCAGGCGCCAAAUUUUCCUAACUGAAACCCUGGUGUGUGUGUUUGUGUGAUGCCUUGUUCAAUGUGCUGUUUUUAGAAAUGGUGGUUUGUAGCGGAAGAGUGAGACUGUGACAUGUCUGUGUGUGCUUUUUCCCUGUAGGUGUACAUGGAGCUGGAGCAGGGGAAGAAUGUGGACUUCUGGAGAGAUAUGACCACCAUCACAGAGGACGAGAUCAGCAAGCUCCGGAAACUGGAGGCAUCUGGAAAAGGCCCAGGUACAGCAGCACCACCAUCUCCGAUAGGCCAAAAUACAGUAACAUCUCAGUAUCGCUCUCGCUCAUUGGCCCAUAUUCUGUCUUGGCUGUCCACCAUCAACCUCUAUACUCUGUGCCUACACCUAGGCAUUUCUCCCCUUGUGUCUCUCUCCUAGGAUGUGUCCAAAAUUACACCCUGGUCAAAAGUAGUGUACUAUAUAGGGAAUAGGGUGCAAUUUCUUGUGCAGCCCUAGUCUAUUGAUGUUUUCUGUGUAGUUGACUGUCUCUCUCUUCCCCAGGUGACCGUCGUGAUGGCAUUAACACGUCAGUGAGCACCGAUGUUCAGAUAGUGUUCAAGGGAAAGACGUACAGCCAGCUCCAGGCGCUGAACCUCAACAUGGAGAAUAAGAUCCGAGCUGGGGGAUCCAACCUGGACACAGGCUACUGGGAGAGUCUGAUGCAGCAAAUCAGGGUCUACAUGGGCCGAGCACGGUGAGGGCCGGUGUGUGUGUAUGCAUGCUUACCCUAUCUGUCUCCGGCACCUGUGUGUGUGUUGACCAUCCCUAUCUGUGUUGUAGGUUGAGAGAGAGGCACCAGGACGUGUUGCGUCAGAAGCUGUUCAAGCUGAAACAAGAGCAGGGAGUGGAGAGUGAGCCUCUCUUCCCCAUCAUCAAAGAGGAGCCUGAGGAGGAGGCUGUGUGAGGACAUGCGCGCACACACACAGGUUUCACCAUCAACCUCUUUCUUCACACACACGUUCAUGUACACAAGGUUUGACCUUUGACUCCUCUGUUUCUCCUCCACAGGACCGAGAGAGAGGAAGGCCCCUCCUCUUCCUUCCCUUCCACCAAUCAGAAGAGGGAUACAGAGGAGAAGGAUGACCAAGUGGCAGGCCCAUCCACAGAGGGAGACGGGGAGAAGGGUGAGGUGGUAGAGGCCGUUCUGACUGAGGAGGAUUUGAUCCAGCAGAGCCAGGCAGAGUAUGACUCUGGCCGCUACAGUCCCACCCUGCUGCUUCCCUCGGAGCUACCGCUGGACACACACACCAUCACACCUGACGAAGACACACAAAAACUACACCUCUCACGCAGACAGCUCGCCGUCACAGGUAAGAGGCUUUGCAUCAACACACCCAUACAUACACAAAAACACUCAGACGUUCUUCCAAGCCCCAUCUCUACCCAUCGUCAUAUUAAUGAAUCUCUCUUUCUCUCUCCGCUUUCCUCUUGUUCUCCAGGUGAUGCCAAUGAGAAUGCGGAGGAUGAGUUUGUGCGUCGCGCCAAACAGGGCAUGGGCGGGGACGAGGCUCAGUUUAGCGUGGAGCUUCCCCUCACAGGCAAGAUGUACCUGUGGGCCGACAAAUACCGUCCCCGGAAACCGCGCUUCUUCAACAGGGUCCACACAGGCUUUGAGUGGAACAAAUAUAACCAGACCCAUUACGACUUCGACAACCCUCCGCCUAAGAUCGUCCAGGGCUACAAGUUCAACAUCUUCUACCCGGAUCUGAUCAACAAACGUUCCACGCCGCAGUACUUCCUAGAACCCAGUCCCGACAAUAAGGACUUUGGGGUUCUGCGGUUCCACGCGGGCCCGCCGUACGAGGACAUUGCCUUUAAGAUAGUGAACCGCGAGUGGGAGUACUCUCACCGCCACGGGUUCCGCUGUCAGUUCGCCAACGGGAUCUUCCAGCUGUGGUUCCACUUCAAGAGGUACCGCUACAGGAGAUAGAACAACACCAGCCCUGGGCCUAGACCCCAACCCAGACUGGGAACCUCAGAC